CUCCUUGUUCAAGUAACUAGGCAUAGAAAUUCCAAUUUGCUUCCAAGAAAAAAAAGAAGCUAUUGCAAUAUUGUGUUUUUUCGUUUUCGAGUGAUAAAAAUGGGCACUCACCUUAUCCUUGUAACCAUAGCUAUCAUGGCGCUGGCUUCCACACUUGUCUCUGCUUCAGACCCUAGUCCUCUACAGGACUUCUGUGUUGCUAUCAAUAACUCAGAUGUGUUCGUGAAUGGCAAAGUCUGCAAUGACCCAAAGCUUGCCACAUCCGAUGACUUCUUCUUUUCUGGCCUACUUACUCCUCAAAACACAUCGAACCCAGUUGGAUCGAUGGUCACUCCCGUAAACGUUAUGCAAAUACUAGGCCUCAAUACUCUUGGCAUCUCCUUAGCUCGCAUCGACUUUGCACCUUAUGGCCUCAACCCACCCCACACGCAUCCUCGUGCAACUGAGAUCAUCGUGGUCUUGGAAGGUACUCUCUAUGUCGGCUUUGUGACCUCCAACACUGACAACCGUCUUUUUACAAAGGUCUUGUACCCAGGAGAUGUUUUUGUGUUCCCGCAGGGUCUCAUUCACUUUCAAUUUAAUAAUGGAAAGACUAAUGCAGUAGCUCUUGCUGCCCUAAGUAGCCAAAAUCCCGGAACCAUUACAGUUGCUAAUGCAGUAUUUGGCUCGAAUCCAAUGAUUUCUGAUGAUGUUCUUGCCAAGGCAUUCCAAGUAGACAAGAAGGUGGUAGACUAUCUUCAAGCUCAGUUCUGGUAUCCCAACAACUAGAGAAACAAACAAUAGAGAACCCAUGAAUCUAUUUGUUAAACUUUAAGCAAAUAUGAUUUAAUAGAUAACAUAAAUAAGUGGGUUGGUUAUGAAUGAUUUCCUUAAAAUUGUUUUCCUAUGAUUUUAUAAUAGUGAAGUUUGUUAAAUAGUACUCUUUGUCUCUCUUCUCAUAUAAUGAUGACAUUUUCAUGAUA